AUGUGGUACGACAAUCGUGUUGCGUGGGAUAAAGAUAGUUAUUCGGGCAUCAGCGUUGUCAAUAUUCCUUCAAAGUAUAUCUGGCUACCCGAUGUUGGCGUCAUGAAUGGCAAGUCCAGCACCUCUUUCGAUUUCAGUUCGACAAGCCAAUCAAGAAUCGUGAUUAAUCAUAGAGGCGUGAUAACGUGGAUGCAUGGUGCUAUUCUAGAUGUCACCUGCCCUCUAGAUGUCUCUUAUUUCCCAUUUGACGAACAGAUUUGCCACAUUGUUGUGGCUCCUUGGCACAGCACCUCGGACAGCCUAAAAAUUCGUACAGUUCAAGAUGGACCAGUGGUUGAUAACUCAUUCCUACCUAACUCAAACGUCAGUGAAUGGGAAAUUCAAGAUGUGAAUGUUACCAAUAACACGUAUUUGAGCUCUUUCAACUCCGAAUACAAUUAUAUAACUAUCAAUAUCUGUCUUCGUCGCCAGCCCCUGUAUUUCAUCAUCCUUGUGCUUGUACCCUUUGCCAUGCUUUCUGGUUUAGCAUGCCUAAUUUUUAUUCUGGAUGAGACUGGCGACAGACUGUCUGUCGCACUAUCCCUUGUCCUCAGCAUGACUAUGUAUGUGGUUAUAGUAUCUUCAAAUGCUCCUCGUUCAAUGCGAACCCUACCAGUGCUCGGUUAG